CAGGCUGCGCCAGAGCAGAGCAGGGCCGGGGGCCGUCUGGAUGUCCCCGGGGCGCCCCCUCGGAGGCCCUCCAGCUGGGACCAUGCGGCGGAUGGUUUGCAUUUUUCUUGCGACACAGCUACUAUUUCACCGAGAAGCAUUGUCCUGCCAAACGUACGAGUACAGGAGUAGUAAUGGUGAAUGCUGCCCCAAAUGUGCUUCAGGAAAUAGAGUCGCAAAGCCCUGUACCACCAGUUCAAGUACAACAUGUGUCCCGUGUUCAGAGGGUACAUAUACAGACCACCCAAAUGGACUGGCGGAGUGCUUUCAAUGCCUACCCUGUGAUCCAGGAGCUCACCUGAAAGUUAAAGAGGAAUGCACGUACACCAAGAACACUGUCUGUACCUGCAUCCCAGGUUACUUCUGCAGCCAUCCAAUGAAUGAGAAGCCCUGUGAGAUAUGCACCCAACAUACUGUCUCCCCACCUGGUUAUAUGGUGAUACAGGAAGGCACAGAAACCAACGAUACCAAGUUUGUACGUUGCCCAUCUGGAACUUUCUCAGAAAUGAAGAUGUCUUCCUCCUGCGAGCCUUGGACGGAUUGCAGUAAGGAAGGCUUGGUCGAAGUCCGCUCCGGCAGCGCCUCUUUGGACGCGGUGUGUGGACGCCCAAAGCCGGGCAAGAGGAGUCGAACGCAGUUGUAUCCCCUUCUGAUUGUGGGUUUUCUCCUUUUGGUUGUUUCACCUCUUGGCAUGAUUUACCGCAGAGGACAGCAAUCCACCAAAAAAGGUGCUGCUGAGGAAGAGAAGGAAGAGCGGGAAGGAGACUACAUCCCCGUUCAAGAAAGGAACGUCAUGGUCAUACCGAUGCAGGAGACUUCUCCGAAUCACGGAGAACCGAGCUAUCGGACCUUUCCUUCCGUCGACCAAGCUUUGGGUUGAAAAAAACAAAUCGUCAACACGUGUCAAGGCUCAUCCCCCAGCGGAUGAUUUCAAAACAUGGCCGGGGAACAUGACCGAGCUCCUUCCCUGAGUUCCUUGUAGCCGUCCUCUCUCCUCAGGCCAAAACUGGACGACGGAGCGGACGAGUGAGUGAAGGAGGCGAGAAAGGAGAAGACGGAGUCGGAGGAGAGAGGAGGCUCCGAGGGCCAUCCAGCCCAACCCCAGUCUUCCAUUCAGGAAAAUACAGCCCAAGCCCUCCUGACUGAUGGCCACUCUGUUUCAAGAGCUCCAGAGAAGGAGACUCCACCACCUCCACCAUCUACGACCACCCAGAAGUUUCUCCUGAGACUUUGGUGGGAUCCUUUCUCCUGGAGGUUGAAUCUGUGGCCUGGUGUCCUCGUCCCCUGAGCAGCAGAAAACAAUGUGCCUCUCCUCAAUAUGACGUCCGUCCAAAUAUUGAAACAUGACUGUCGUAUCUCCUCUCAACCUUCUCCAAGCUGAACAUCCCCAGCUCCCUGUAUUGGAAAUGCCAUAACCCAUCAGAAAUAACUGCAGCAUAACCUUAUUGAAAAGGUAAAAAUGAUGUCACAUCCGUUUGGCAAAUGUGAAUCUCCCUGAAAACGGAGACCACCUUUGGAAAACCACAAAGCAUGGCCUUGUUAGAAGUCAACUCAUAGGCAUUCGUGUAAUAGCACACAGGUAACUUAGCUGUUAAACUGAAGAACCAUGUCUUUAAACUGCCAUGGAUAAAGGCAUGCCACUACAUAGCAGAGGAUGGUCUAAAAGUCCUAACUGCAAGAUGCGCCCACCUCCACUGAGGUCUGAUGCAAACACAUCCACCUCCAAUGAGGUGGUAAGCAAAUGGAAUACAAAAUGGAGUCCUGUGCCUGAAGCCCCUCCUACACCGAAGAGAUACAGUCCAACUGGCAAACCAAAAUGUACAUACAAGGGUUGAAUGACAAGUAAUGCCUCCACCUUCGUAACUCCUCAACAGAUGGCUACUGGCUUGUUGUCUACUGGCUUGUUCAGUAGACUCUCCUCUACAGUUCCAUUUUGGCGGGAAGCCUUAGCAUUGAACGGUUGUGUUGUUAAAGUGCGAAGUAUGGAAGCCUGCGCAGACAGUCGGUCA